UUUAUGCCUUUUCAACCCCAUCAGAUUGAGUUCUUCACCCUCGCCCUUCAUUUUGUCCUUCACGACUUCUGGAAUUGAUAUCACGUGCCACAAUGCAGGGCCUGAGAAGCAAUGCAACAGGAAUGAUGGCAGUUAAGUCCUCCUACUUGGGUUUCAUCUCCUGUGACCAGACAGGCUGUCAGAAUGUGGUCCCUGACAUCCACGGAGGCUCUGAGCCUGGGAAGGUAGCAGGAGACAUGGGUGACCUGGCCCUGCUUGGGGCAGAAAGACAGGUAGAAAGAAGCACCUCAGAUGAGGAGCCCAGCAGCCAGCCUGAGAGCUGA